AUGGACGAGCUCCAGAGGAAAAUCCCCCAGCGCUACGAGGGGUGCAAGCCCAGGAAGGUGAGGUUCAAGCUGGCCUCGUCCUACAGCGGCCGGGUGCUGAAGCACGUCUACGAGGACGGCCAGGAACUCGACAGCCCCGAGGAGAAGUACCCUCACAGCUUCAUCCACACUAAGAUGCCCCCCAGUCACCUGGAGAUGGAGCAACUGUGUGGCUUCCAGGACGCGCAGGACCCCCAGGGCUUGUACCCCCCCACCGGCCUCAUCGCACAGAGGAUCAAUGUUUACAGAGGUGGCGGAGGAUACAGGGCCCCCGUACAGAGCAACGCUACAGAGGCGGACCCCAAUUCUUCAGUGUUGGACUUCGGGAAGAUAAUCAUUUACACCAGCAACCUGCGGAUCAUCCGAGCACCACAGAGGAAGGCGGAGCCUGUGAGAGCACUGGCGCCCCCUGGUGGACUGGAGGAGCCUAGCCCACGGAGCAGGGAGAAGGGCGGCAGGAGAAGACCAAUAGCUCUGUUUGCCCAGGAGGAGAAACUAAACCCUGAGCCACAAGUGCAGGACGUGCCCAGCUGCCAGCACUGUGGAGGUUCGGGCUGUGCCCCCUGUUCUCUGUGCCAUGGCAGCAAGCUGUCCAUGCUGGCCAACCGCUUUAACGAGUCCAUCAGCAACCUCCGCUGCCAGGCAUGCUAUCCUGAUGGUCUGGAAAAGUGCCAGUCCUGCUCUCCCAACAAAUAGCAGAAAAUACACUGCCGUGUGUGUGUGUGUGUGUGUGUGAAUGGAUUGUCUCUGCUGCAAUAUCACUUUUAUAUCAAACCUUCACGGCGGGUGUUGGGACCCUGUAUGUGGUUUGGUGAGGGACUCAAAAGCAAUCAUUGUGAAAGGGGAAUGGAUAGUCCUCUGUACAAGCGGGCGAAAUCACACAAUGUAAUUACUCUGCACAGUGAACGUUUAUUUAACAUACUGAGGCUGAAUCCUUCUUUGGUCGCUGUGUAUUUUGUAAAUUGGAGUUUUCUUCCAGAUAGGGUAAAAGCUGGUGCUACCUGUCUUAUCAAUUUAAUUAAAAUAAUAUAAACCUUUUAUAUUUGGUUGAUUCACUGAGGAAGCCGCCCUAUCUUCUCUCUACUCACCAGAGAGAAGAAAUGCUUUUUAUCUUUUAUGGUAUAUGGCAAGAGUAAUUGAUUCUUUCAUUAUUUUAAAGCUUGAUUACACCGUUGUCAGAUAAACCUAAUAAUUACUAUGGGUGAGACGGAAACAGGA